CACGUAUGGCGUUAAAGGAUUAUAAGCGCGAAUAUAUACGAUCGGCGUGAUUUCGGGGCUUGCGCGUCGCGACUCCGCUUGAAACUCCGUGUCUUAGGGGGUUCGCGGCAGGAAGAUCCACGCGGCCGCCGCAAUGGUCUGUAGCACCUCGUGACGAGUGUUAAACUCAUCGGCAUCAUCGACAGAUACGAGAAUAUCUUUGACAAUUUCAAGUGGAACGAAAGAUCGUCAAUCAAUAUCGAAGAUGACACCAAAGGAACUAUCAUUCUUUAUUGUUCUCGUGUCGCUCACUGUGUGCAAGUAUCGUUAUUAUGCAUUCGAAAUCAAAGCAACGUCGGGUUUUGCGUCGUCGUCAUUCGGAUCGUUGGAAUCAAUGUUGACGGUCGGCAGCAGGGUACCCAGGGCCACCUUGAACGAUAUCGUCUCAAAGAACAUCACUAUGGUCCUCGAGAAUCUGCUGAUGAAUUACGAAAAUAGUCAACUGCCUACGCAUGGUAAAGGCAUACCCACGAUAGUGAAAACCAAUAUCCUAAUUAGGAGUAUGGGUCCAGUAUCCGAGCUAGAUAUGGAUUAUUCGAUGGACUGCUACUUCCGCCAAUCAUGGCGUGAUUCACGUUUGAGUUUUCUGGGCCCAAUCAAAUCUCUCAGUCUCAGCAUUAAAAUGCUCGAAAGGAUCUGGCGUCCUGAUACUUACUUUUACAAUGGCAAGCAUAGUUACGUGCAUACGAUUACCGUGCCGAACAAAUUGUUAAGGAUCUCCCAGGACGGCGAUAUAUUGUACUCCAUGAGGCUUACUAUCAAGGCUAAAUGUCCCAUGGAGUUGAGGAAUUUCCCUAUGGAUCGACAAUCUUGCCCAUUAAUAAUGGGAAGCUAUGCAUACACAUCGGGACAGUUGAUUUAUGAAUGGCAAGAAGGUUCAUCGGUGAACUUUGUGCCUGGAAUGGCACUUUCGCAAUUCGAUUUAAUGGGCUCGCCGUAUAGAAAUCUCACAUUUGUUCGUCGCGAAGGCGAGUUCUCGGUAUUACAAGUAUCUUUCAAUUUGCAACGGCAUACCGGAUACUUUCUUAUACAAGUUUAUGUACCAUGUGUUUUGAUAGUUGUAUUAAGUUGGGUAUCUUUUUGGAUUCAUCGUGAAGCAACAAGCGAUCGAGUAGGUUUAGGUAUCACUACCGUCUUGACGUUAUCAACGAUAAGCCUCGAUUCCAGAACGGAUUUACCGAAAGUUAGAUAUGCUACUGCUUUAGAUUGGUUUCUCUUGAUGAGUUUCGGUUAUUGCAUCGCUACCCUUUUGGAAUUUGCCGGUGUUCAUUACUUCACGAAGAUUGGUAGCGGCGAGAUUCCUUUGGAUGAUGAAGAGUGGGAAGAGUCGGAAGGCAUCACGAGUGAAGAAUUCGAGGAUACAUUUCGCACAAUGAUUUCUUGCAGUCCUCAGACUGUUCAUCCGGAAAUCGUUGGCACGAGUACCAGAAGACGCGGGUCUCUUAUGUCUACACUGUACAGCGAUGGGGUCACAUAUGAAGAUUCCUGUCGUUCUAUAACAGUCGCUGUUUCUUCAAAGCCGUCAACGAUGGAAAGACAUACACAAACUGAGCUCAUUUUACCAUUAUGGCGGCAGUUUCUCUAUUGCUUAGCAGGAGAUGAUGCUUUCAGACGUCGUCGGCAACGGGAAGUAGCCAGUAGUUAUCGAAAAUGCGGUGAUCGUAUAUCGAGACACAUAAACAGCGUGUCUUACAUCGACAGAGUGGCGCGAAUAGUCUUUCCCGCGUCUUUUGGUUUACUUAACGUUUGCUACUGGGUAGUUUAUGUUACCUAUCAAGAGGAAUUUAAAUGGCAGGACCCACCGAUCGGAUCGAUAACACCAAUCUCCCAUUAACGAGAUCUGAAUAAGUGACAAUAAAGCAUAAAAAAUAUAUGUAUAUGUACAUAGGUUGCGUUUCGAUAUUCACCGCCAAUACUGAAAAUCUAUAGUUUAAGUCACGUACACUAUAGAUUUUCAGUACUGGCAGUGAAUAUCGAAACGCAGCUAUAAUACUAUUACGAAUCGAAGAAAUCAGAAACUCCUACGCAUUUCUCCAACUCUUUUUCAUAAAUUGAAUUUCUUAAAUUGAGUUAAUAAUUGAUCAAUAUAUUAUAGAUUAUAUUUAAUUAACAUGUUAUAUAUUUUUAUAAUGUGCAUCACAUUACUUGGCAUAUGCAAACUGUUAAUUGCGAUAUAACAACGAUACUUGUAUAAGUGCUAAUAUUACAUUCGUCGUAUGAUAAGCUUUGUCGAAUGUAUCGAUUGGCUGCUGUUGCAAGAAACUUUCGAGACACGGGAAAUAGUCCAUCUUUGAUAGCCAAUCGGUACGUCCAGCAAACACAUUGUACGAUAAAUGUAAUGUCAGCUUCUCUAGCUUUUCUCUAUGUUAUGAUAUAUCCUUUUUCGACCAGUUGCAUCAGAAAUAGGAAGAAACCACAUAAUUUUAAUAUAAGAUUUAAAGUGCAAUAAUCAAAAAAUGGAACACAAUGGCAAAGUAAUUUGCAAUGAAGCAUUGGAAGAAAUCGACCAGAAUAUUGUCAAA